GUUUGUAUAUAUGGACUGCGCAGCUUGCGCGACACUUUAGUACGUGACGAGAAGUGUUAAAUGUUAUUUCGACUGGUCUGUCGAAAACGAACGUUUUGAUAAGUCUUUGUAGAAUUUGAAAAGAAAAGCUCAGUGAAUUCAGUGCCAAUUGGAUCAGUGAUUUGUCAAGGAAUCGCGAGAAUAACAUCAAUUAGUCACCAAUGGGGAAAGAUUACUAUAAAAUAUUAGGCAUAAACAAAACUGCCACCGACGAUGAAAUUAAGAAAGCGUAUAGAAAGCUGGCAUUGAAAUAUCACCCUGACAAGAACAGGAGUGCUGGCGCGGAAGAAAAGUUUAAGGAAAUAGCGGAGGCUUAUGAGGUGCUUUCCGAUUCUAAGAAGAGAGAAGUCUACGACAAGUUUGGAGAAGAAGGUUUAAAAGGAGGAGUUGGAUCGGCAGGAGGAGGUGGAUCUGGUACAACGUACACUUUCCAUGGAGAUCCAAAAGCAACGUUUGCUCAAUUCUUUGGCACCGCUAGUCCCUUUCAAACCUUCUUUGAAUUUGGCCCUAUAAUAGGAGACCGAGAGUUCAGUUUCCAUAACGACGACAUGGACAUAGACGAUCCGCUUGGUUUGGGAAUGGGAUCCCAGCGUCAAGGUGGUCAAGGCGGCGCCUUUAGAUCCCAUUCGUUCAACUUUGUUGGAGCCACCUCUCCGAAAGGAAGUGGCAAAGAUCGUGCUCAGGAUCCUGCUAUAGAGCAUGAUUUAUGCAUCACUUUGGAGGAGAUUCUGCGCGGCUGUACAAAGAAAAUGAAAAUCUCAAGGAAGGUUGUACAACCAGAUGGCAGUAUAAGAAAAGAAGACAAGGUUCUUACGAUUAAUGUGAAACCAGGGUGGAAGGCUGGUACUAAGAUCACCUUCCAAAAGGAAGGAGACCAAGGCCGUGGAAAAGUUCCAGCAGAUAUUGUUUUCAUCAUCAGAGAUAAGCCUCAUCCUCUGUUUAGAAGAGAAGGCAGCGAUAUAAGAUACACUUGCAAGAUGAGUUUAAAGCAAGCUUUGUGUGGUACUGUCAUCGAAGUUCCUACGCUUACCGGCGAAAAAAUUACGUUAAAUCUGACGAAAGAAAUCGUUAAACCCAAUUUGGUAAAGAGGAUUCAAGGUCAGGGUUUACCAUUCCCAAAAGAACCAUCAAGGAAAGGUGAUCUUCUCGUUUCAUUCGACAUUAAAUUCCCUGAAACAUUAUCGCCAAGUGCUAAGGACAUACUAUACGAUACUCUGCCAAAUUGAACAUGAAAAGGAAACGAUACUAUAUUAUGGAUAAUUGUCAUCGCAACGACAGUCCUCUAAUCGUCCCAAUUGACGAGAGUAAACACUCGUGUACGUUCUAGUACAUAAUAUACGUGGUUAGAGAGCUGUGAAUAAUAAUUGUUGAGGCGAAGCAAAUAAUAAUUUUAUCUCAUAGUUAGGAAAAAUGUGAUUUUCACAUUAGUCGGAUGUAAAAAUCAAUUUUUUGAUUUGAAUUUUGGCAGAUCUUAUUUCGUUGUAAUUUAAAACGAAACGGGAAAAGGAAGAGGAGAAACGCGUUGGUUUUCUAGUACAACAAUUGAAUGUACUUUGCCUCUACAUGCGGGAAGAACGAUCCUAAAUACUGACUAAGAUUAAAUGAAUUACAUUAAGUUAUGCGAUUUAACGAUAAGAGACUGUUGAUGUACAACUCUGCGAAUGCGGUUUCAUUAUUAUUUUAUUCAUUAUGUACAUUCAAAGUAUCUAUUCUGUAUGCAUCACGAGUAAAUGAGCGUAUGCUUGUCGUCAUAUGCGUAGUAUACAAAUUGUGUAUGCCUGAUUAUGAACGAGUGAUAAUUUUGUGUUAAAACGCACGACAAAUUAAGCCACCAUCGUUAUCUUCAACUUGAAUCUAUUCAACGUUAUCUUACUUUCUCAUCCAUGUAUCGCAACUCGUUUGUAUUUUCAUUUCAUUUCUACAAAAAUAUAAAUGUAUAUGUAACACUGGCUUAGAAGAACUCGUAAAUUCUAUUAUUAUUGUCUACUUUUACAGCGAUGAGUGGCACAUUUUGUCACGCGAACGCAGACAUGUGUGUGCGUGUAUAAACAAGUAAUUAUUUGUAAUAUCGAGCUGAUUGUUUUCUUAUGUCACGCGUCUUCCUAAGUUUAAUGGUUGGUUAAUUAUUUGUACGCUAAAAUAAUAUCGAUACAUUUAAGUUACA